AUGGAGAAAAACCAACAGAGCACAGACGUCACCCAAGUCAGUUCCAGUAGCGGGGUUGGUGAGCUGCGCGAAAUCCGCUCCUUACGGACUAUCACGUCUAAAAGAGCCGGGGAAGUCAAUUACAUCAAUGCCAAAGAUGCACACGAUGACCGUGAGCUUCUUGCCGAAAUCGGCUACAAACAAGAGCUACAAAGACACUUCAGCACUAUCCAAGUGUUUGGGGUAGCAUUCUCCAUCAUGGGACUGCUGCCCAGUAUCGCCUCGGUGCUGGCGAUCGCUUACGGUGGUGGUACCGUCUCUCUCGUGUGGGGUUGGCUAAUUUGCGGUGCCUUCAUCCUAACGAUCGGUAUGGCCAUGUCUGAGCUGGCCUCUGCUAUUCCAACAUCGGGCGGACUCUACUACUACACAUACUACUACGCGCCCGAGAAAUAUAAGUCUGUCCUCAGUUUCGUGAUCGGGAAUUCAAACUCGCUGGCAUUGACCUCUGGUUUGUGUUCCAUUAUCUAUGGCUUUGCCGGAGAGAUAUUGUCGAUUGUAUCUCUCUCGAAAGACGGAGACUUCGAAAUCACAAACGCCAAAACGUAUGGGGUUUUUGUUGCCGGUGUGGCUGCCUGUCUGGCGGUCACCUCUGUGGCUACUGCGGGAGUUUCGAAACUACAGACGUUUAGUAUCAUUAGCAACCUUGCGCUGAUAGCGUUCUUCCUGAUUGCGAUCCCCAUCGGAGUCUCCAAAUCUGACAUGGCAUUUAACGACGGUUCCUUCAUUUUUGGUAAUUGGGACAACGCCUCGAGCUGGCCCAGCGGAUGGCAGUUUAUGAUGACCGGCUUCCAACCAGCUGCCUGGACUAUCUGUGCAUUUGAUGCCUGCAUCCACAUGUCGGAAGAGGCUAAAAAUGCGACCAAGGCCGUGCCUAUUGGAAUCAUCGGCUCUAUUACGGCUUGUUGGAUCUUGGGAUUUUUCAUUUGCAUUGCGCUUGCCGCUUGCAUGGGUCCUAGCAUCGACAAUGUCUUGAGCUCUUCCAGCGGCUCUCCAAUGGCUCAAAUUAUUUACAAUGCCUUGGGUAAGAAAUGGGCUAUUGCGUUCAUGACUUUGAUUGCGUUUUGCCAGUUUAUAAUGGGAUGCUCCAUCUUGACUGCUAUUUCGAGACAAAUUUGGGCUUUUGCACGCGACGACGGCUUGCCAUUUUCUAAGUUCUUCAAAGUUGUCAACACCAAGCUUUCAUCUCCAAUUAGAGCCACCUGGUUCGGCGCCGGCGGUGCUCUGGUUAUUGGACUCCUUUGUCUGAUUGGUCCUGCGGCCUCCAACGCGUUGUUUUCCCUAGGUAUUGCCGGUAACUAUUUCGCGUGGAUGACGCCUAAUAUCUUGCGCUUGACCACCGGCAAGGAUCUGUUCCGGCCCGGUGCUUUCCACAUGGGCAAAUUCUGGUCGCCCAUUAUUAAUUGGGUGUCCAUUGUGUUCCAAGGAUUUAUCAUUAUUAUGAUUAUGUUUCCAACAGAUCCAGAAGGCCUGACCCCACAGACCAUGAACUACACUUGUGUUAUUUGUGGCGGGGUCUGGUUUGGCAGUUUGAUCUAUUACGUGGUAUACAAACAUAAGACUUUCCACGGACCAAAAUCCAACUUGGACGACAAAGAGUUUGAGGAUGCGGUGGGACAGGAUGUAAUCGAUCAGAUUCUAUCGCACCAGAAAAGCGGUUAG